AUGGGAUCGAAGCAAGAGGCCGAAGAAGCAAUGAAUACGGAGGCCGGUUCCUCCGCUGCUUUCCGCCGUAAACCCGCCGAUGCACGGAAGAGGACGACGGUGUGUUUGGUUGUUGGAGCUGUGAUUCUCUUACUGAUCAUAAUCAUCAUUAUACUAGCUUUCACUGUUUUCAAAGCCAAAAAGCCUGUAAUCACCGUCGAUUCCGUUUCACUCGCCGAUUUAGAUCUCUCUUUCGACAUACUCCGACUCGCCGUCCGCCUCAAUCUCACCCUCGACGCCGACGUCUCCGUCAAGAACCCUAACCACGUCGGCUUCAAAUACCACAACAGCUCCGUCCUGCUCAAGUACAGGGGAUUGGACGUCGGCGACGCGCCCAUCCUCGCCGGCAAGAUCGGGGCCCGCCAGACCGUCCCCAUGAACAUCUCCCUCACUAUCAUGGCAGAUCGUCUUCUUUCCAAUAAUCAGCUCUUCUCCGACGUCCGCGCCGGCACGAUUCCGCUGACUACCUUCACGAGAAUCUCCGGUACAGUUCGAAUCUUGUUUAAUAUUCACGUGAAAUCGGAAACCAGUUGCGAUUUAUUGAUUAAUGUCGCCAGUAGGAGUGUUGCUAAUCAAACCUGUCACUACAAGACUAAAUUAUAG